GUCUUUAGGGCCAUCACACAUAAGUUGCAUAUGCAUAGCAUAAGACCGUUAAACCAAUGAGCUCCUAACAUAAAGUCGCCAUAUUGAUAUACAUAAGAUGCUUAUUGGCCUAGCGUUCUUAUACUAUGUAUAUUAAUGCAAUAGCUUAUGUCAUUUCGUGUGUGAUGGUCCUUAAGAACAGCCGCACAAACUUUUGCAUAACGCAUAACGUAUGUACGCAUACGUAUGUACGUAUGUACUAACUCUACUCUAUUGUACAGUUCGUGUCGUUCGUGACAUCAAAAAGUGAUGUGACAUAUUAUUGACUUAUUAUCCUUAUGUUCUGUGUUAUUAUUUAUUCGAAAAUGAGCUGUGUAUGGAAAUAUUUUACAAAAACCGAGAAAAAUGUUGCUAAAUGCACAUUAUAUUCCAAAGAAGUGAAAACUUCUGGAACGACAUCCAAUUUGUUUACUCAUUUAAAAACUAAAUAUUUAUUUGCAUUUGACGAAUGCAUGAAAAAGAAAAAGAAAAAAAAUGAGCUCACAAUUAAUAAAGAUGAUUUAAAAGAAAAUGUAGAAGGAUCCAACACUUGUACAAGUAGACAUAGCAGAUCACGAAGUCCACUGUCCAAGUCCAUUGACAAUUUAUCACAAAGUUCUACGUCGUCACACUUUUCGCAAAAUACAUUGUCAGAAGUCUUAAAUAAAAGAACAAGUUUUGAAAAAGGAGGUUCAAGAAAUAUAGCGAUUACAGAAGCAUUAGUAAAUAUGAUAUGCAAAGAUAACAUGCCUACUAGGACUGUCGAGAAAGGGGGUUUUAUACAAUUUGUUAAGACUCUUUGUCCUCUAUAUAAAAUUCCUUCAAGAUCUACGUUAACAAUUCUUUUAGAAGAAAAAUAUAAAGUAUGCAGGUCACAACUGAAAGAAAUGUUGGAUCACGUACAUUACGUAUCUUAGACAUCAGAUAUAUGUACCAUAAUGAAUUCAACUAGAAGUUUCUUAGUGAUAACUGGACAUUUUAUCAAUACAGAGACUUACAAUCUUGAAUCCGUUUGCUUGGAAGCAGUGCCUCUAACAGAAAGACAUACAGCAAAUACUAUAACUGAACAAUUUAAUCAGAUUUGUGAGGAAUAUUAUCUGAAUCCAUUAAAAAUAAUUUCAAUUACUACAGAUGGAGCUUCUAAUAUGCAAAAGGCAGUUGAAUUGUUCUCAAACUCUUCAAAAUGGAUUUGGUGUUUUGCGCAUAUAACCAAUUUAGUUGUACAAAAUUCUUUGAAGAAUACAGCUGAACUUGAUAAAAUUAUUGUAUAAAUUAAAAGAAUUGUUACGUAUUUCAAGCAAAGUACCAUUGCAUUAGAUGAACUCAGAACAGAACAGAUAAAGCGUGGAAAAAGUGAAGGCAACAUAAUGUAUUUGACACAAGACAUUUCUACUCGAUGGAAUUCUACCCUUAAAAUGGUAGAAAAAUUUGAGAAACUAGCACCCAUUCUGGGAACUAUAUUAGCUAAUAGAAGUCAUAAAGAUGGUCCACAAAUGUUAGCAAAAUAUCAUAUUGAAGUAGUAUCUGAAAUUAUUCACCUUUUAACACCUUUUAAAGAAGCGACUACUCAAAUAUCAGGUAAUAAAUAUGUAACUGCCAGUAUCGUUUUGCCAUUGUGUCAUAAUGUAUUAGAGACAUUAAAUGAUUUGAAGCCUGCCACCAAUGCUGCAAUGGAAUUAAAAAAAAA